AUCAUGAUGCCUGCUCUCUCUGAAGCAAACAACACCUUUACCUUGAAUGUUUUCCAAAAAAUUUGUGAAGAAGAUAACUCACGGAAUGUGUUUUAUUCUCCCCUGAGUCUCUACUGUGCCCUGGCUAUGGUCUUAGAUGGGGCCAAGGGAAAUACUGCUGCACAGAUACAACAGGUUCUUUCUUUAAACAAAGGUACAGAUGUCCACCGAAGUUUCCAAUCUUUUCUUGAAGAAGCUAAUAAAUCCGGUAGUCAAUGCCUACUAAGAAUUGCCAACCGGCUCUUUGGAGGAAAGACCUGUGAUUUUAUCUCAUCUUUUAAGGAAUCCUGUCAGAAAUUCUACCAUUCAGAAAUGGAAGAACUUGACUUUGCGAAUGCUCCAGAGGAUGCAAGAAAACAUAUAAAUAAAUGGGUAGAAGAAAAGACAGAAGGCAAAAUUGCAGAACUGCUUGUUAAUGAUUCUGUUAAUCCACUGACCUGUCUGGUACUUGUGAAUGCUAUCUAUUUCAAUGGAAAAUGGGAAAAACAAUUUAACAAAGACAAGACAACAGAAAAGAUGUUCAAAAUCAGCAAGGAGAAGCAGAAAUCAAUACAAAUGAUGUUUCAGAGAUCUAGAUUUAGCAUGACCUACAUAGGAGAAGUGUUUACUAAGAUCCUAGUUCUGCCUUAUGUUGGAAGACAAAUGGACAUGGUCAUUUUGCUUCCAGAUGAGAACAUGGAUCUAAAAACAUUGGAAAAUGGACUUACCCCUGAGAAAUUAGUAGACUGGUUAAAUCCAGAGAUGAUGGAUGAAACGGAGGUGGAAGUUUUCCUUCCAAGAUUUAAAUUGGAGGAGGAGUUAGACAUGAAAUACAUUCUUCAAAAAUUGGGGAUGUCGGAUGCCUUUGAUGGAUCCAUGGCUGACUUUUCUGGGAUGUCAGCCAGAAAUGAUCUGUGUCUAUCCAAAGUUAUACACAAGGCUUAUGUAGAAGUUAAUGAGGAAGGCACUGAAGCAGCUUGUGCCACUGCAGCAGUCAUAAGGAAGCGAUGUGCAAUUCCACAGUUCAUGGUUGACCGUCCUUUCCUUUUUAUUAUCCGAGAUAAUGGCUCACAAAACAUUUUGUUUUUGGGCAAGGUAACCUCUCCAUAA